AUGAGGGAGUACUCAAUGAUGCUAGGAAUCUCGGGGAUCUUGGAGAGCUUGUCCGCCCCUGAAGGUGAGGGUGAACAAGAAUGUGCUGAUAAUGGGGUGUUGGCUGCAACAACAACUGAUCAAGUUAACUGGUGUCCUAUCUGCCUGAACCACUUUGUGGACCAAGAAGUAGCUGUUCCUGAGAGCUGCUGUCACAUUUUUUGCCUGAGGUGCAUUCUUGCUUGGGCUGAAAAAAGAAACUGCUGCCCAAUAGAUCGUAAGCCCUUCAGUCUGGUUUACAAACGAGACAACGUAGAGAGUAAUGUAAAGAUCCCGAUCCAGCAGAACUUCAAUAAAACUUCAAGAGAACAGAAGGCAUGCAGCAAUGAAGAGCAUUGUCAAAGUAUCACAAGAGGAGAAGUUGCCUUGAAUGAUGGGUUUUCCACAUACUUAAAGGAAAAAUGCAAAAGAUGCUGUGCUGCUUGGCAACAAACAGACUUUUGUGACAUACAAAGCAUGUUGAUCACGGGCUGUGACAAAAGGAACAGAACUUCCAAGAAGCAUAAAAAUAAGAUCAACAGAAAAGCAUGUUGCCAGCCAUGUUUAAGGAAUGAUCUGAACAAUUUCUCUCCACAACAUGGGAAAUCAGAGAUGUUCAAUUUCGAGGCUGAAAACUGCACUGUGUUUGUUGACAUGUGUGAAAUGACACCUCUAAUCAGACAGAAAAGAAGAGGACCAGAAUCACUUAGACCCCUGUGGCGUCCUGCUUCCACUGCUGUUACAACAGGAAUGUUGAG